UGACAGGAUCGAAGCUGUCAGAUAAAAAAGUGAAAUUUCCAAAAUAAAAAACUGGAGCAAAUUGUUCUAGCUGCCAAUAAAUAUAUUUGAAAACCUUUGAUUGUUGCAAUUUAAGCAUUUCAAAACCUAAAAUGUUGUCAUCCGGUUCUGCGGCAGUCGGCGUGAGUGCGUUGACCGCGGUUAAUUCUUACGGUAAUGACCGCAGUGACGUGGUAGAAUAUGCAAACGAGGGAGGCUUUUUCCAUGCCGAUUACAAGAAACACGAUGAUCUUAAGCAAAUGCUGGACAGUAGCAAAGACAGCUUAAAGCUGGAAGCGAUGAAGCGAAUCAUUGGGAUGAUAGCCAAGGGACGAGAUGCAUCUGAUCUUUUCCCGGCCGUUGUGAAGAAUGUCGUCUCAAAAAACAUCGAAGUGAAGAAGCUGGUGUACGUGUACCUGGUUCGGUACGCCGAAGAGCAGCAGGAUUUGGCCCUGCUUUCAAUCUCCACCUUCCAGCGGGCCCUGAAGGAUCCAAACCAGUUGAUUCGGGCCAGCGCUUUGAGGGUGCUUUCCAGCAUACGCGUAUCGAUGAUUGCAAUCGUGAUGCUGGCGAUCCGGGACUCUGCGUCGGACAUGAGUCCGUACGUAAGGAAAACUGCUGCACACGCCAUUCCGAAGCUCUAUCACUUGGACCCAGAGCAAAAAGAUGAACUGAUUACCGUGAUUGAGAAACUUCUUGCCGAUCGGACCACACUGGUCGUAGGAUCUGCGGUGAUGGCGUUCGAAGAGGUUUGUCCGGAGAGGUCGGAUCUAAUCCAUAAAAAUUACCGAAAGUUGUGCAAUUUGCUAGUGGACGUCGAUGAAUGGGGACAGGUGUUAAUCAUCAAUAUGCUGACGCGCUACGCAAGGACUCAGUUCAUUGACCCCAACGUCGAUGAGUUACCUCAUGAUGAUAAUGACGAGGUCGAUAAACCAUUCUACGACGAAUCUUCUUCUGAGUCGGAACAGCCAAAGAGUGUGUUGAAAUCCCCAAAGAAGACCUAUUCCCUUGACAUUGACCAUCGUUUGCUGUUGCGCCAGGCGAAACCACUGCUCCAGAGCCGCAAUGCGUCGGUGGUGAUGGCAGUGGCCCAACUGUAUCAUCACAUUGCGCCAAAAAACGAGGUGAAUAUUGUCGCCAAGGCACUCAUCCGUUUGCUGCGAAGCCACAAAGAGGUCCAGAGUGUGGUGUUGACUUGCAUCGCGUCCAUGUCUGUGGAAAGGAAAACGAUUUUUGAGCAGUAUUUAAAGUCGUUCUUUGUAAGAUCCAGCGAUCAGACGCACAUAAAGCUGCUAAAGCUGGACAUUUUAACGAACCUGGCGACGGAAACUAGUAUCUCGGUGAUUCUGCGAGAGUUUCAAACUUACAUCAGCAGUAACGAUAAGGACUUUGUUGCCUCGACUAUUCAAGCUAUUGGAAGGUGCGCUGCAUCAAUAACUGAGGUUACGGACACGUGUUUAAGUGGACUUGUUCAUCUGUUGUCGAAUAAGGAUGAAUGCGUCGUUGCUGAAAGCGUCGUUGUGAUCAAAAAGCUGCUGCAGACGCAGAAAGAGGAACAUUUUGACAUAAUUUCCCAGAUGGCGAAGCUGCUUGAUUUUAUUCAGGUGCCUGCUGCACGUGCAUCUAUCCUCUGGCUUAUAGGAGAGUAUAACGAUAAGGUCCCGAAGAUAGCCCCCGACGUGCUGCGAAAACUGGCGAAAUCGUUCGUUGACGAAGAAGACGUUGUGAAGCUGCAGGUGCUCAACUUGGCAGUAAAACUGUAUCUUACCAACCCACAGCAGACCGAAUUACUGUGCCAGUACGUGUUCAACUUGGCACGGUAUGAUCAAAACUACGACAUCAGAGAUCGUGCUAGAUUUUUGAAACAGUUUAUCCUACCUACGGGAAGUAAACCGACAAGUCUCGCCCAGAACGCCCGGAAUAUUUUUCUAGCGGAAAAACCUGCUCCAACGCUCGAAAGCAAAUAUCUGGAUAGGAAACGUUUCCAGUUGGGAUCCUUGUCCCACUAUCUGAACAUGACCGCCAAUGGAUAUCAGGAUCUCCCGCCUUUCCCCGAAACUGCUCCGGACAGUAGUGUUCGCAAUGUGGCGCCAUCGCCCGAGUACGGUCAUGCGACGCAAACGGUCGACGCUGGGGCGAACGAUAACGGCGGCAACGGAAGAACGCACGACAAGAAGAGCCAGAAAACGAAAUCUUUCUACUCGGAUUCGGACAAAAGUUCUUCCGCGGACGAAAGCAGUUCGGAUUCAAGCUCGGGUUCUACCGGAUCAGGCUCUAGAAGUGGGUCAGAAUCGGAAGCAGAAAUUGCUAACGUUAUAUCAAAAACAUCUUACAACGAGGUAGACGGCGUCUCAAAAUCCAAAGAUGACUUUGAAUCUCUUUCUUCCGGAUCAGAACAGGAUGAAAGCGAGGAUAGCAGCAGCGAUAGCGAUAGCUACAGCUCGUACAGUGAAGAGGACAGUUCCGGUGGGGCAAGCUCAGAAGCGGAUAACAAUAAAUCGAGGGCAGCGAACAAGGUUGCCAAAACAACCGGAAAGGUCCCCAACGUACCGAACAAAGCUGCCGAGAAACAUGAUCUUGAUCUUCUGCUAGACCUGAACGACAUUCCUCCGGUGGGACCGAUUAUGACUCCGUCUUUAGGCGGCUUUCUAACUCCAAUGGUAGGCACGCAUCCUGAAAAUGCUAGCUCGAACGAUGUCGUUGAUUUAGUUGGCCCUUCAUUUAUUCCUACCAAAUCCAGUGAAUUGUUGAAUAAGAUUAAUGGAUACGGGCUCGGUAUUGCGUUUCGUUUCACACGCGCUCCACAUCUCUAUUCAGCAAAAAUGAUAUCGAUCGAGCUGACUUUCACCAACCAUGGCAAUGUGGAACUCACCGACAUUCAACUCGGCCAGAAAGGUCUGCAAGCGGGUAUGACGCUCAACGAAUUUCCUCCGAUCGAGAUCCUCAACCCGAAACAAAGCUGGACUGGAAUUCUGGGACUAGACUUCAACGAUUCAACUCAACCGGCCAACUUUGAGAUAAAAUCGAUUCGCGGCACAAGCAGCGUUACUCUUAAGUCGCCCGUUGGAGAAUUGAUCCGAUCGGUCAUCAUGUCCGAAGCGUUUUUCAUUGCCGAACGCGCCAAACUCCGUGGAAUGACGGAACAUUCGUGUAAUUUGACCUUAGCGGCCGACUUAUCCCCGCAAAACCGGUCCCUGCAUCAGCGCAUCUUCGAGGUGGCCAAUGUGGCCAAUAUUCCAAGCACAGACGAAAAUCAGUGGCUGUUUGCAGCCCAAACGAUGAGUUCCAAGAGUCUGGUGCUGAUUGUGCUACAGCUGAAAGCAUCUUCCGAAUAUACCUUAACGGUCAACUGUGACAAAAUGGUGGUGGGAUCAAUGCUGCUGAACGAGAUUAAAGCCGCAAUUAAGGACUGAUGGUGUUAGGAGAUCCACAUUAUGUUUAAUGCUCGUACACAUUCAAAUGUUAUUGAAAUAAUAAAAGCCUAAACACAAAAUAAUAAAAUCUUA